UACCGUUCCGCUGCGGUUCUCCGUGUACACAGUGGGUAUUUCUAAUAGUAUUUUUUAACAGAUAUGUACCCAUGUGAUCCACGGCUAUGUUUUGGCAAAGUUUACAAUCCCAUGGUGUAGGAAAACCACCGGGAAAAGGCGUCUGUAAGAGUACUUCCUGUUAAAAGUCUGAUAACUUCCGGGAGGUCCGGUUAAUCACAACAGCUGUGAAGAUGGCAGAGCUGGAAGUUCCCCUGGACGCUGAGCAAGCAGGGGACCCGGAGAAAGGUGUUUUGAGGCGCUGCAGAGGACGACCCAGGCUCACAGACUCCGACCGAGCUCAGAGACGUCUUGAGUCCCGAAAGAAGUACGAUGUGAGGCGGGUGUACCUGGGAGAGUCGCACAAGCUGUGGAGCGAGCUCCGCAGGAGGACCAGUCUGAGUGAUGCUGGACUGGCAGAGUACCUGAUCCUGCUCAACUCCACCUAUGGAGACAAAUACCAGCAGAAAUACUGCGGGAAGAAGAUUGCUCCAGAAGUCUCAGUAAAACAGAAAAAAGACAGGAAGGAGCGCGUGUCCAGCCUCCAGAGCCUGGUGUGCUGGUACCAGGAGCACUCCCGCUUCUGCCCUCACGAGCCCCAGCUCCGAGCCCUGGAGCCCCAGCUCAACUUCUCCACUGCUGCCAUCUGGGAAUGUGACUCUAACCACUCGUUCGUGCAAUACCUUUUCUCACCACCGAGGGAGGCUAGUGACUCUGAAUGUGAGGAGGGAGUGAAUGGAGAGGGCGAUGAAGAGAGUGCAGCAAAAACAGACGUGCCCACGGUUAAAGGUGUAGUGAGCAGGAAGAGGAGGAAGGAGGUUCAAAAACAGUUCAAAGAUGUGGAAGAUAAUGUUGAUGUUUCUGAGGUACAACAUACAACCAUGAGCCCAAUAGGACAGGCUGCAACUCCAGACCACCAGCCCAGUUUAGAGGCCUCCUCCAAGGAUGUUCCACUGACAGGACAGCCUGUCUGGGAGAUGGAGAUGGUCCUGGAGCGACAGCAAGACUCCUCCGCAGCAGCAUUUCACUCCAUCCCCUCAGAGGAGGACGCUGAGGAGGCUGAGGAGGCUGAGGAGGCUGAGGAGGCUGAGGAGGCUGAGGAUCUGAGGCAAGACAGAGACGACAGAGAAGAAGAGAUGAGAACUAUACCGCACGGAUACGAGUGCGUUACAGUGACGGCAUCCUUAAUUGAUAAACUGGAGAAGACGGACGAGGACUCGGUGCUGUCGCAGAGCUUGAGCGGCUCAAUCGGACUCAGAGUUCAGCCAGAGCUGUCGGUCCCGCCGCCCAUGCAGGUGCAAGAGCAGAGCGAACUGUUUGACCCCCAGGCCCUGCAGACGGUGGUGACCAGCUGUGAGAUUCCUGACCAGAGGACCAAUUUGGAAGGCUCACAGUUAAUUAUCAUCACUGGCCCCAGCUACGAGGCUCUGGCGUCAGAGGGCAUCCAGCUCAACAUGGCAGGCGGGAACGUGGAGGAAGUCACCUGCACUGUCAUCGGGGGUGUCACCUACAACCAGGUUUCUGACUCAAAACUCAGAACAGGAGAGGAUGAAGACUCCAUGACAGGUUUGAGUGACAAACAGCUGCUGCAGCCCACUGAUGACGCUUUGGAGCUGAGUAGUGACAGAGAACAGCAGCGAGGUCUGAGCAGUGUCAGGUCAAAGAGAAACAGGCGAGGCCCAGUCAUUGAAGCAGACGGGAUGCUCAAGAUGUUCCACUGUCCCUACGAGGGCUGCAGUCAAGUCUAUGUAGCUAUUAGCAGCUUUCAGAAUCACGUCAACCUAGUUCACAGGAAAGGGAGGACCAAGGUUUGCCCCCAUCCGGGCUGUGGAAAGAAGUUCUACCUGUCGAACCACCUGCAUCGCCAUAUGAUCAUCCACUCAGGGGUCAGAGAUUUCAUCUGUGAGACAUGCGGAAAAUCGUUCAAGCGUAAGAAUCACCUGGAGGUCCAUAGGCGGACCCACACGGGAGAAACACCGCUCCAAUGUGAAAUCUGCGGCUAUCAGUGCCGCCAGCGUGCGUCCCUCAACUGGCACAUGAAGAAGCACACUUCAGAGGCCCACUACAACUUCACCUGUGAGUUCUGUGAGAAAAGGUUCGAGAAGCUGGACAGUGUAAAAUUCCACAAGCUAAAGAGCCACCCGGACAAACAGGCAACCUGAGGUGUUCGGACACCUGGCGAUAGGAGCGUAACACGUACAGGUUGGCCCUCGGAAACCAAAGGAAGUCUUCUGGUGAAGAGACAGACUUUCCUUCGCUGUGUUUGUCUGGCCUCUCGUGUCCAGGAUGAUAUGAACAUCACCUGUGAGCACACAAGCAGUGGAGAAAGUGGGCCAGUCUAACAGUUGUGCAGGACACAAGCUGUUUCAGCAUACAGGGCCCAAAUAUGGGUUUUGAACAUAUUUGUUACGGUGAGAAAAAAAAGCAUAAUCCACUAUUCAUUAAUGGUGUUCAACAGGGAAUGGGAACACUGGAAGAGGGAAGCGUACAGAGCUACGGUAGACUUGUCUGUCACCGGUCUAUUCAUCCGUCAUCUGUCAAUCGUUCAUCAUCAGAAAUGUAUAAAAUAUGUGUGAAAGACAAAUACCCAUAUGAAGAGAGGCUAACAGAGGCAAAGGGGCGAUAUAUUACAAAACUGAAGUUAGUUUAUGAUAUCGAUUAUUAUGAAUUAGGAGGACCGUGACAGUUUUCCACACGUUAUGGUCACUGAUGUGUUUGGUGUUGGUGAACACCUGUCAGCAGUUCAAAAGAUCUUAAUCUUUUGAGGCCGAUGUCCAAUUUACCAAUUUACAACCGGGUAGGUAUAGGACAUUAAGAUCUACAAGCCAAAUACCAACUACACAAUCAUCCAGACAAAGAUAAGCUAGCUAAUGUUAUGCUAACGGAAUACUAACAAAACAUCGUCUAAUACUGCAUAAUUAAUCUACAAAAUGAUUCCCAUAACAUUAGCCUACCUUUGUGUCUGACUGUAUACUAUAUAUACUACAAUUCGGCUUUUGAAUCUUAUUUUGUGUUAGCUUUUCACACUUUCAGUAAACAGCCAACGGAUGGCACUCUCACCCUUUAUCCUCCAAAAAUGCCUGACUUGUUGUCGGUGAUGUCACAUUCCCAUUCCCGAUAUUAAACCGUUUGAUAGCACCCUUGCCCCCAAACAGCUCAUUGCUUAACAACCAUAACUAGGCGCAGCAGGUUGGUCAAGCUUUGGAUUUCUCCACAGGUUGAGGCGGUGUGCAUGUAGAGAUCAUACAGAAGAGAGAUACUCCGUAUAUAAAUAAUUUGGCUUUUUCUUUCAUUCUUUCUUUCUUUUUUUUUAAACUUUACAAAAUCACAUAGCAAAAGUGUGAGAAUUGGAUUAAACAGUGCGUUUAUCGGCUGUAAACAUUAGCACGGCCAGCUAACUAGCUUAUUAUCUACAAUAGUAACCCAUUGUUACUUCCAAUGGCAGCUGUGUUUCAUACUACAUUAUUUAAUGGUGUUGCAGGUUACGUUGAAAAAAAAAAAAAACGACAAGCACACCCACUGUGUUGUAUUUCCC